CCCCAAUCACGUGUCGCAUCUCCACUGGCUGCAUCCCAACUCGGUAUGCAAAAUCCUACCUUGACCUGGCUGAUGCUAUCUCCAUUCUAGUCCUCAUCCUUAGGGAUGAUGAACACUAUGCAGCAGAAGAGAAGAAGAGAAUAAUAACAAGUACACAGAAUUUUUAGUAGGUUUUGAAUUUUGGGGAUUUUAGAUAGUAGAUAGUUCAGUGUGGUCUUUUCAGAGCAUAAACAACUACCUUCCUCCCUCUGUUUUUGUGGCUCACCUAUAAAAACGGUCUCUUUCUCUUUUUUCUCUCUUUAAAUUUUGGGUCUGCUUUAAAGAGAGGAGAGGAGGGUUUGGCAGGUAGGGUUAGAGUUAGAAAUUUAGGGUUUUCUGAUUUGCUAUUCUCUGUCUCGUUUUAAUGGAAGGAGGAGAAACUGGGGAGUUGCAGGACUGGGAGGUCCUCCACAGCACGGAGGAGGAGCCGGCUGCCCCGGUCGAAAGCCAUGGAAGCUUCUCGUCGAUUGAGGCUGACGCCGAGGGGAUGAUCAGGUCUGAUUAUUUCUCGUUGGAGAAUCAGGGGAGGUAUGCCUAUGCUAAGAGUGAAGAGGGUUCGGUUGAGUCCGAUAACCCGAGCUGGAUUGACCCGGUUCAGGUGACUACGUAUAAGGAAUCGGGUGGGUUCUGGUCCGAUUCCGCCAGUGAUCGGUCCGAUGACCGGAAAAGUCAUGAUUUUGAGGUGAGAGGCGAGUUGGGUUUCGCCGGAAAUGAGCAAAGUCGUGUGCUUUCGGAGCCUGUGGAGGAGCGUUUGGGGAAAUUCGGGUCGGAUGAGGCGGAAGGGAAAGUGAGUUUCCAAGAAAUUGGGGAAGUUGGAAGCGCUGAUAAGGAUUCGGACAAGUUCUGGUCUGAUUCUGGCGGAGAAAGAUUGGUUUCUGUGAAAUUUGACGAGGAGGGUGGUUCAAGUGACUCGAACAAGGAAUCAGCAGAUGAAGAAUCGGCUGAGACUGCAGUGGAAGAAGUGAAAGCGGUGGCGAAAUCGGGUGAUGAGGGUGAGAAGAAGGUGGUCUUGUGGUGGAAGGUUCCAUUGGAGGUCUUGAAAUAUUGUGUUUUUAAGGUGAGCCCUGUUUGGUCUUUCUCUGUGGCCGCAGCAAUAAUGGGUUUAGUUAUCUUGGGAAGGAGAUUGUAUAGGAUGAAGCGAAAGAGCCAUAGCGUGCACUUCAGAGUUGCUAAGGAUGAUAAGAAGGUAUCUCAAUUCAUGAGUCGUGCUGUGCGUCUCAAUGAAGCAUUUUCAGUUGUGAGGCGGGUUCCUAUUGUACGACCUUCACUGCCGGCUGCUGGGGUCAAUCCAUGGCCUGUGAUGAGUUUGAGAUAGAAAAUUCUUGUGAAAUAUAUAGAAAAAGAAAGGAUUCUGCCUAUGAUCUGUGCCAAAGACUAAGUUCCUAGUUGCUUUGUAUUAUAACAAAUGUGGUUGCUUUGUGUAUGAACUUUAAGUUAAGAACCGUUUGCAUCAGUUUGUGUAAAAUACAGACAAAAGUUUCAACUAGGUUCAAAUUCUUCUUGUAUGUAUGCUAUCUAUAUCAAUCUGAAUGGGUGAUGUACUCUUCAUACAACAUUUCAAAUGCCAAAUUGCAAAUGGAAGAGUUUGAUAUACUUCUUUGAAUAAAUGAUAUGUUUUGAA